GCCUUGUGUCAAUGCCCCAGCCUGACAGCCUGAAGCCAUGGGAAAUCGGGCGAGUCAGCCAAAUUCUGACCCUGUCAGCAAAUCCUUUGGGAGCAUGUGGGUGUUGAGAGUCAAAGACUUCUUGGAGCUGGACCACAUGCCAAAACAUGAAGAUCUUCGAAAGAAAGGACUUUUGGUCAAACGGAGCCCCGCCCAUUUCUGCGUUUUUGUGUCGCACCAAUGGCUGGGUUCUUCUCAUCCAGACCCUGAGUUUCUGCAACUGCCGGUGCUUCAAAAAGCACUGCGAAAGCUCAUUGCAGGCGAAACUAUGGCCACAAGUGAUUUGGCCUCCCAGUUUCUGGGCGACACCCGCCGGUUCUCACAACAGGAACGAAAGAGCUUGAGCACUGGCUAUAUCUGGAUGGAUUGGUUCAGCAUCCCUCAGGCGACUUUUGACCCUUUUGACCUGAAAGACUCCGCAGGUGUGACCCUCUCGACAUAUUCUGAGUUGGAAGUGGGGGCCACCGCCAGUGCCCUGCGAAGCCCAACUGGAACCACCCAGGACUUGUACGUCAGUUCCAUUCCUUUCUAUGUAGAGGUCUCUGAUGUCUUUGUGGCGCUGGUCCCACGCCUUCAUCAUAGAGAUACAGGGCAACUCUGCGAUCUGAAGUCUUACUUGACCCGAGGUUGGUGCCGGCUUGAAAUGUGGUGUUCCAUAUUGUCACCUUCGGAGAAGCCGUUUCUGGUGGUGAAGGGCAGUAAUGAGGUGGAACUUGCCAAUUUGAUCUUUAUGGCAGACCGUCCCCCACAUGAAGGUGACUUUACCAUCGAAUCAGAUCGCCCUGUGAUUUUCUACGUGAUGGGCAAGGCAUUAAGGGCUAAACUGCGGACAUUGAGGCAGCAAAGGGCGUGGGACCUUUAUCGGUUCACCCUGGCAAGAUAUGAGUUACUCCUUGGCCUCCCUCCUCGUGAGAGGGAUCUGACCAGUUUCAUGCAGGACUUCAACUUCGAAUCCCUAGAGUCUGCCAAAAGCAUUAGAGGUAUUGGGCCUUUGGAAUGUGCAGUUCUUUCAAGCCAUGUCGCGAUGAUUCCGGUGCUGGCCCAUGCUGGCUAUGAUUUGACUCGGGUAGUGCAUGCCCAGAUCAAUAUCCAAACCCUGCAGGAAGGACAUUCUUCCUUGGCCUUUGCUCUUGAGCUUUCCUGGCGCACUCCAGAGGUGGCAUCGCAGUUGGUGAAAUUCAGAGCAAAUCCCAAUGUCACCGAUACAUUUGGCCUUCUUCCACUUGGGUUUUGCCGAACACCAGAGGCAGUAGAGAUGUUAGUCCAGCACCGCGCAGAUGUGAACAAAUCUGCGGGGCCUUUGCAUUUGCCUCCCCUCUCCAACUGUUGCAUCAGGUGUGCACCAGCUGGAGUUGUUGCCAAACUGCUGGAGUAUCAGGCGGAAAUUGACACCCAGAAAGCAGCUUUGCGAGGUGUUGGGGCUGCACAGCCCCUGGCCGCUUUGGGUGUGUUUUCGUCUGUGAAUCCGCAUGCCUUAGAGGUAGCUCAGCUCCUCUUGGAUGCUAAGGCCUCUAUCGACUCCCAGUGUCCAGGUCGUGGCGUCUUCCGCCUCUUGGAGCUGCUGAGCCGGGCCCGGAUCCGUGUAGCGCCCUGCGCGGGCUCCCGACUGGUGCGGUUCUUCACGGAGUGUAGUGCCACACCUUUGGGCAUCGCGUGUUACUUUGGCGGCCAUGAGUAUGUCGAUUUCCUACUGCAAGCAGAGGCUGAUCCGAACAUCAAGAACAACAGGGGCAACACUGCAUUUCAGCUUGCACAUGGGGAGAAUGUGCUGAAGGUCAUUGACCAAUUUGAGACCAUCUCAAUCUGAGCGGGCCACAAAGGUCUCACCCUGUUUCACUGAUUCUACUAGAUGUAGGCGUAAUUUUGGCAGAUAUAAAUAGAUAUACAGUUUUCCCGCGUAUAGGGAGUUCCAAUCGUGUCAAGAAUGCGUCCAGUACCAAUGUCUGGCGCAGACACAGGCGCUUGCAGGUGCUUGAAGAGUUUGUGGGAUGCAAGAACGGAGGAAUAUAUUUUGAUAGAAACUGGGCAAAGACUGCUGAAACAUCAUCA